AAGUGUUCAGUUUUCCGGAACACAGGAUGUGCACCGCAACGCCCAUUAAAACCCGCUGCUCAGGACGUAUGAAGCCAGUUCCGGUCAAAUCCCAGGGAACCCAGGACGUCAGGCGUUAUGGAGAAUGUUAGCAGCGCAAACACGCAGUUCGCCCUCGACUUCUUUCGAGAGGUGUGUGGGACCAGAGGCAACAUCUUCUUCUCCCCCCUGAGCAUCAGCGCCGCGUUUGCCAUGGUCUACCUGGGCGCUAAGGGGAACACCGCGGCUCAGAUGGCCAAGGCUCUGUCUUUCAGCAUGACCCCUGAUCUCCACUCAGAUCUAAAGAAGUUUAUUUCAGAUAUUGACAAACCUGAUGCCCCUUACCAGCUGACACUCGCCAACCGUCUCUAUGGCGAAAAGACCUUCAGCUUCCUGAAAGAGUUCUUGGACGCCACACGGAAGUUCUACCAAGCUGAACUGGAGCCAAUGGACUUCAUAGGUGCAGCAGAGGAAUCCUGCUGUCAAAUCAACCAGUGGGUGGAGGCCCAAACCAAUGGUAAAAUUGCAGACAUUUUGGAUCCAUCGGCAGUUAACGACGCAACAAGACUGGUUCUUGUCAAUGCCCUGUAUUUCAAGGGAGAAUGGCAACAUGCAUUCAAACGAUUUAAAACGAGGGAAAUGCCCUUUAAAAUCAAUGAGAGGGAGACCAAGCCUGUUCAGAUGAUGUAUUUGCAGAAAGUAUUGCCAUUUAAACAAAUUGAGGAGUAUGGCCUGCAGAUAGUGGAGAUGCCCUACAAGGGUGAUGAGCUGAGCAUGGUUAUCUUGCUCCCUGAGAAACCCCAGAAUGGCUCCACCCCCUUGCAGAAGCUGGAGAAAGAGCUGACCCUGGAGAAGAUAAACGAAUGGACAGACCGGAAGAAUAUGGACAGCGGUGGUUAUAUUGACUUGUACCUCCCAAAGUUCAAGCUGGAAGACAGUUAUGACCUGAAGAAAGCCCUGGCUCAUCUGGGAAUGACGGAUGCUUUUGAUGAGAAACUGGCAGAUCUGACUGGCAUAAACAGGGAGGGCGGCCUCUUCAUCUCCGCUGCUGUUCACAAGUCCUUCAUAGACGUGAACGAGGAGGGAACUGAAGCUGCAGCUGCCACGGGAAUCUCCAUGCAGAAUUGUUGUUUGAUCAUAGGGAAAAAAUUCAUGGCCGAUCACCCCUUCCUCUUCUUCAUCAGACACAACACGUCCAAGACAAUCCUCUUCUUUGGCCGAUUUUCCUCUCCAUGAGAUCCAUUUCCUAUUCACGUACUGCCAAAAAUAUUAAUCCACAUUCCAUAUUAAAUUAUUUGGAAUCUAGCUUUCUUGGGCUGCUUCUUUGUGGAUUAAUGUCUUGAUCCAAUUUCUGACACCGACUGACAUUUAAUUGUGCCAGAUACUUAGAUGUAUGACCUGACACCUUGUGAGGCUUGUUACUGUACUUAAAAAGCAAAAUACGUUAUGUAUCAUUUCCAGUUAUCAGUAAUAAACUCUUCCUUAGAUAUUGA